AUGUUGCAAAAAACUGGCUCUGCUGAAUCCUGGGAGUUUCCUUGGGAUGUAAAAACGAAAACCAACCGUCCUCAAACCGUUCAAUCCAACCAAACCGGUCGAAAUGUCGACGAAAUUGCCUUUAUUUUAUGCUGUUUAGGCGUUUUUAUGCUAAGUUCUAGCAUAGUUUUAAUCGGAGUUUCGACGUGGUCUUUGAUAAAGAAAUCGUUUUACUCUUACUUGUUGGACAUCAGAGUGGACAUACCGUAUUUUAGCAUACCAGCAGCGUUUAUUUUGCUACCCGGAUUCUGGAUUGCCAUUUGGAUACACAAUGACGAAGAAAGGCGCCAACUCUCUCACCUGCUGCUAUCUAUCAUAAUCAUAUCCAGCGGAUUAAUCAUAACAGGAACGUCCGUUGGAUUGCUGUAUUCGGUCAGAGUGAGUUCGAAUUACUCUCAAUUAUAUUAUUCGUUGAGAAACGAUGAUUUGAACAAAACCUUAGCCCCUAAAUUUAUGAACUACAAUACCAGCGAAAUUGUAGCGAAGACUUGGGAUAGAAUGCAGCAGAAUUUAAAAUGUUGCGGGAUUUCGAACAGCGCCGAUUGGGGCGUUAUCGGUCUGGGCAUCCCCGACUCUUGUUGUCAAGAAAUGAAAUGCACUAUUGAAAAUUCGUACAAGAGAUCCUGCUUGGAUUCGAUCAGCAGGGACUUGGUGUGGCAGCAGAAUAUUUUGAAAUCUCACUGUUACAUAAUGACAGGGGCGCAGGUGCUUAGUGGAAUUGUGUCGACGGGGUUUUAUAUUUCAAAGAAGUUUUCGAAAUGA